AUUGUGUGACAGUAGACCCAUGCUGUAGAGUAGACCAAUGAUGUCCAAAAUAAAGCACAUAGUUUGGCCUCAGGUCAUUCUUUUUGGAGACUCUAUUACACAAUUUUCAUUCCAAACAAAUGGAUGGGGUGCUGAAAUCACAGAUAAACUUGCCAGGAAAUGCGACGUGGUGAACAGAGGCUUGUCAGGUUACAACACUAGAUGGGCUAAGAUUGUCCUUCCACGCCUCAUAACCUCGGCAAUAUCAUCACAUAUCGCCGCUGUUACUGUCUUUUUUGGAGCCAAUGACUGCGCUUUAGAAGAUAAGAACCCACAGCAGCAUAUCCCCUUAAAGGAAUACUCUGAGAAUCUGAUGGAGAUUGCCCAGUAUUUGGCCUCUGUUGGCGUGCCCAAAGAGAAGGUCAUUUUCAUCACCCCACCUCCACUUCACGAGGCUGACUGGGAGAAGCAGUGUGUCCUGAAAGGUUGUGCCCUGAAUCGUACUAACGCGGGCGCUGGACAGUAUGCACAGGCUUGUGUGAAGUCCGCUGGUCAGUGUGGAGCUGAUGUACUUGACCUCUGGACCCUAAUGCAAAAAGAUGGCCAGGACUUCUCGGUGUACCUCUCUGAUGGCUUGCAUCUCUCGGAGAAGGGGAAUCAGUUUGUAGCUCAACACCUGUGGAGACACCUGGAGAGCCGGGUCAAUCAUCUGCCUUUCAUAUUGCCUUACUGGGGAGACUUGGAUCCCAAAAGCCCAGAGAGUAGUCUGCUGUCUGACUGCCCACAGGGAGACCCUUCUGCCACAGGGGGGCAGCACUGAGCGCUAGCACACAAAGCUGAACAGCUUGGCCAGCACCUGACGUUUCCUGGCAACUCAUCUGAAUGAGUAUGCCAGUGUUAACUUUAUGAAAAGACAUCUGUUUGUCUUAGCACCGAUUUGUGUUUUAUGGAUGUUUGUAAUAGGGCAGUGAUAAGUGCAAAAUAGAGUUCUUCAUUGUCAAAAACAAACUUGUAGUGUUGAGUACCUCAGAGUAAUAUGAGGUGGUUAAAUAAAUGUAUUUGUUUUUGCAAA